AUGAAGUGCUACACGCCCCGUGCAGUCAACAAGCGGGGCGCCCGACUCAUAUCCAGAGAGGCUCGAGCAAUAGUUCAGCAGUUGAAGCCUCUCAGGGAUCAAGAUAUUGUGCCUGGUGUACCGCUGCUAUUGGACAUGUUGAUUUGCGCCAGUGACGGCUCCCGCGCCACUUCGACGAUGUGCAGUUUCACGAGGCUCAGUCAUGAAAGCGGUGUGCACCAAUCGAAAUUAUCAGAGGUGCUUGGUGCUCUUAGCAAUUGUUUCUACGAGGUGUUGAAGACGACUGCAAACACCUUCUCAGAGUUCAUGUUGCACUCGGUCCGCACGCCUGCACAUUCAGUCGGCGAUGCAGAUCCAAUACGUACGAUACCCAUUGUCCAGUUCCGCAUGCGGAUGUACGACGGCACCAAGCACCACAUCAGGGUCGUCUCUCCGACACCGAGUACAGGGCCAGCGGCGAUCGUGGAGGCCAGCAAGAGCAAGUACGAAGUGCACGUUGCAUCAUCCAUGCGCGCGUACUGCUUGCAGCAGCACCUGGCCGACCACUCAGUCCGCACCAUGACUUUCGCAGUUCAUGAGCCCACGCUGCUGCAGAGCGGUGACGGCACAGGCGCUGAAUACAUCACCGCGUUCAUGAACCACAUUGGGGACACAGCAUUAGAUAAGAAUUUAGACGAUACAUUUCACCGAUCAGUGGAUUUGAUCAUUAGCGACGAAGCUGGAGCAAACAUCAGGUACGAGAACGGAGUUCGGAGCCGACACCCGGCCAGAGAUUCAUUACACCUAGUCUGCGAUGCCCACAAGAAAGCGAAGGUGGCGACAUUGGGCUCGGCUGCGCAAGGCCAGGUCAGCACUCGCAUCAUCCGCCCCCAGCUGAGCCUGCGCGGGAACACGAUGGGCCUUCGACACGCCAUGCGAGAACUCAGCAGAGAAAGGCUGGUCAUAAUCCACGGCGCCUGCAGUGACUUGGAGGCUUCUCGGCACCGCUCCGACGUCAUCGACACCUUCAUGCCGAUCGAGCGCGCAGAGGACGUGCGCAUGCGAGAGGUAGUGCGCAAUCUCUUCAACGGCGACUGGCGCAGGGCUGACAGGAUCGAGCACUAUGAGAACGGAUGCUGCCGAAGUCGGGCUCAGACAUUGCACAUCAUGAUGACCGUCGGCGUGCGGGCGCUCACGAGGCGCCUGGCCGACGUGAUGGACAGGAGCAAUUGGACGGGGUCUCAUUAUUCAGUUUGCGGGCUUGGGCUGGCAACGUUUGUGCACAACAUUUUCCCGAGUGCGUAUUCUACAUAUUUCGCUGGAGCUGCCAGUGGCACAGCGGAUCCAGAGGAGCCAGCAGUCGAUCGGGCUGUUGAUUCUGGAGCCGACGUGGACGAGCCGAAGGACCCGAGCGUGUGGCGAGAGGAGAACAAGUCCCGACAGACGCAAACGUUGUCUUGGCUGCAGAGCGGUUGCUUCCGCGAUGACAUUUACUUGUUUUCGAGGGGGCGAAGCCGCGCCCUUUCGCCAUCGGUCGGCGGCGAGUUCGGCGUAGACUUGAGCCCCCACACUCAGGACCCACGGGUGCGUCAACAGAAGAAGUUGAUCGAUAGCGGCUCCAGGGAUUACCCGAUUUGGGCCGCCAGUGAUGCCAAGCAGGUUGCGAAGUUCACGAAGCAGAUGACGGCUCUCAUCUUCGACGACGGCAGUUGGCCCCUGGCGACCAUGGUGACGGAGAUUUUCCAGCUCGACGCGCACCGUGCAUGCUCGAGGCUGGCAGCGGCCGCUUACGAGCUCGUGGAGGUCAGGCACAGGAAGACCCCGUACAAGACGUUCAACGUGCUGAGGGACGACGGCGCCACAGAAGAGUACCUGGCCAACACCAGCGAGUGCGUCCUUGAUACCUACACGGCGUCCUGGAAGGAGUACUACAGUUCCCGCGGUGGGAUCGGCGGCAGGAUGGCGAAGGCCGAGCUUGCGGGGAUUCUCCCGCUAAUGACAACCAGCACUGCCUUCGCCGAGCGCACUCACAGCGAGAACCUGCAGCAGAGCGAGAACAGCAAGCUUUCUUGGGGCAUCGACCUGCCAUCGAUGAGCGGCCUCGCCCUUUUCAGGCAAUACUUGAAGUGGCAGACGGCUAUAUUCCGCGGGCUGCCCAAGGCCACCGCCGAGGAGAAGAGAGUGGAGGUGCGGCGAGCCCAGCGGACGAGCAGGCCGACGCCGAUGGGGCCGUGGGUGUGGCGGGCGUUCGUGCAUAUCGAGGCGAACGGCGUGUUCGUCGACGCCGCUCUGGGGGCCGAGUUAUCUGCCAGGUACGCUGGGUUAUCCGCCGAGGAGCGGCAACCAUACGAAGAUUUGGCAGCUGCCGCACUGCAAGAAUAUCGGAAUGGGCGACCUGCAUUCGGGAAGCCGCCGCGACGGAGCUCGCCCGCGCGCGCGGCAAGGGGAAUGCCGACCGUGCGCGCGGUCGACGGCGAUGCCCCCAACGGAGUCGCCCUGGCCGACGGCGAGCAGGACGCGGCGUCGUCGGUCUUCGAGAGCCCCAUCUUCAAGGCUGCGACCGUCAAGCUCAUGGCGCACAAGAGGGCCGCGGCUGCCACCAGGCGUUCUGACCAGGCGGCGGAGGCGGACCUGAGGACACGAUCCAACGCAGAGGCUGAUCGGCAUGCCAGGGACUGGUAUUUCAUUGGGAACGAUGCUUCUGCUGCCGACGAGCGGCCCGCUGAUUUAGCCAUCCAGCGCUCCAUGUUGCCGACGGCCGUGUUCAUGCGGAGGCGCGAGUCUGUGAUGUCCGAGGUCCUGAGGGCUCUCGACGCCAGCAGCGUGGAGAUGGAGUCUGCCAAGUGGAUUGCCAAGCAUGCGCACGCGCGCGAGGUCGACUGCAAGCCUUUGGACGCACCCCGUCGGCUUCGGCGCCUUUGCUGGGAAGCCGAGAGGUGCAUCUGCCAGGGGCCUGCCCAGAUCUCCAAGACCUUCAAGCACAAGUUGGCCGUCGUGUGGCGCGUGGUGGAGCACGCCGUCGGGGAGAAGCUCUUCAAGGCAACCAUGGCGGCGAACAAAUACGUGAUCAGCUUCUCGUUCAGGAAGGCCCCUGCAAUGUGUUCGCAUGAUGUCGUGGCGGGGUCUGGCUUGGAAGUGGUUCCUGCGGGCGAUGAGGUCACGCUGUUCUUCCACAUCGCGCUGCACUACGCUACCCCUUGGAGGCCGACAUUCAUUUCCAUGGAUCGUGAACCAUCCCAAGAUCGCGAAGGCUGCUUGGGCCUGUCGCCUACCAAGGAGCUCGACGGCCCCGACGCCACCUUGGGCAGGUACACCUUGUCGGAGCUGACGACGGCGUGCUUCGAGGACUCCUGGGACAAGCGGCCGUUCCAGGUCGCGCAGUUCAAGCCCGCGUUGCAACGAGUACGGGAUCGACCGAUCGUGGAGUGCGACCUGUGGUCUGUAAAGCCCCCGCCGCCGAAGCCUCGAAAGAGGAAGAGGGGCGGGGGGCCGCCGACGGGCCCAUCCAAGUCUGGCUGUGCGCCCAUUCGCGACGAGGACGACGAGGACGGCCGCGACCCCGAGCUGCUCGAGGAUGGCGCCGUCGAGGGUGACGUCGUGGAGUCCGAGUCUGACGGGCUUGCGCCGAUGGUGCCUGCGACGCCGAUGGGGUCCGACGAGGAGUGGGACCUCUUUGGGCCGUCCGACUGCGAGGGCGGCCCCGACGCCGCCGCCGCCAUUCCACACUUGGGGGGCGGCGACGGCGACGUCGCAGCUGAGCCACAGCCGCGCGCUGAGUCCCCUGAGCCAGCGCUGCCGCCUCCAGAGGAUGAUUGCAUCUUCCAGGCGGCAGCUGCGAGCUCGGCAGCUGAGGGGGGGGCUGGGCCGCUUCCUGGAGGAGGCGGGGGCCCCCCCGAGGGUCGAGCGCUUGCCUUGGCAAUUUUCCACACCGAGCACGACAGCAUUCGCUUUUACAUCCGAACGUGCCGCUUCACGGCCGAGUGCAGACGGGGAGCGCACCUCGAGCAUGGGAAUUGCGUGCUCUCUCGCACCAGCAGGCCUAGUGCGGUGCCUCACCGCGCUGGCCAGGGCAGGCCGCUCGGCUUAUUGUUUGCUUGGCUGCUGGAGGACUCCUGUGUCAGCCAGCACGAGCACGUGCGUAUGUUUCACCCCACCUUGGCGGCGAGGCGCGAGGCGAGGCGGCAGUUGCUCGCGCUCGCCGCUGGUGGAGACAUGACUAGGGAUGGUGAGGACGACGAGCCUUACGACGUCCCGAGGUGA